AUGCUCGGCCUCCCCUCCACCAUGCUCCGCCCGGGCGCGCUGCGGCUGCGGGGUCUCGUGCUGCGGGGCUCCCCCGGGCGCCCAAGCUCCACCGGCCGCCGGGAAGGACAGGAAGUCCCACCCUCCCCCCCAGAAUGGAAGGACACGGCAGAGACGGUGAUCAUUGGAGGCGGCUGUGUGGGCGUGAGUCUGGCUUAUCAUCUGGCCAAGGCCGGCAUGAAAGACGUGGUCCUGCUGGAGAAAUCGGAGCUCACAGCUGGCUCUACCUGGCACGCAGCAGGCUUAACAACUUACUUUCACCCCGGGAUAAACUUGAAGAAGAUACACUAUGACAGCAUCAAACUUUACGAGAAGCUGGAAGAAGAAACCGGACAGGUGGUGGGAUUCCAUCAACCAGGUAGUAUCAGACUUGCUACGACACCUGUAAGGGUAGAUGAAUUUAAAUAUCAAAUGACACGGACCAACUGGCAUGCCACAGAACAGUAUAUUAUUGAGCCUGAAAAAAUCCAAGAGAUGUUCCCUUUACUCAACAUGAACAAGAUUUUAGCUGGACUGUAUAAUCCAGGAGAUGGUCACAUUGAUCCUUAUUCAAUGACAAUGGCCCUGGCUGCUGGGGCUAGGAAAUACGGGGCCCUUCUAAAGUAUCCUGCACCAGUGACAUCUCUGAAGCCCAGGCCAGAUGGGACAUGGGAUGUGGAAACUCCACAAGGGUCCGUGAGAGCAAAUAGAAUUGUGAAUGCUGCCGGAUUUUGGGCUCGUGAAGUAGGCAAAAUGAUUGGACUAGAGCAUCCUCUCAUCCCUGUACAACAUCAAUACGUGGUCACAUCAACAAUACCGGAAGUGAAAGCUUUGAAACGAGAACUCCCGGUACUCCGUGACCUGGAAGGAUCCUACUACCUCCGACAGGAAAGGGACGGGCUUUUGUUUGGCCCCUACGAAAGUCAGGAGAAGAUGAAACUCCAGGCCUCCUGGGUCACUCACGGAGUCCCUCCAGGCUUUGGGAAGGAACUUUUUGAGUCUGACCUGGACCGGAUCACAGACCACCUGGAAGCUGCCAUGGAAAUGGUUCCUGUUUUGAAAAAGGCGGACAUCAUCAACAUCGUCAACGGCCCCAUCACCUACUCUCCCGACAUCCUGCCUAUGGUGGGGCCCCAUCAGGGGGUCAGAAACUACUGGGUGGCCAUAGGCUUUGGCUACGGCAUAAUCCAUGCUGGUGGGGUAGGGAAGUACCUCAGUGACUGGAUCCUACAUGGAGAACCCCCUUUCGACCUGAUAGAACUGGACCCCAACCGCUAUGGCAAAUGGACCACGGCACAGUAUACGGAGGCCAAAGCCAGAGAAUCGUACGGCUUCAACAACAUUGUCGGUUAUCCUAAAGAAGAACGGUUUGCCGGGAGGCCAACCCAGAGGGUCAGUGGGCUUUACAAGACCCUGGCGUCCAAGUGUUCCAUGGGCUUCCAUGCAGGCUGGGAACAGCCACACUGGUUCUAUAAACCCGGCCAGGACACUCAGUACAGGCCAAGUUUCCGCCGCACAAACUGGUUUGAGCCAGUAGGUUCUGAGUACAAACAGGUUAUGCAAAGAGUUGGUGUAAUUGACCUGUCUCCAUUUGGCAAGUUCAACAUCAAAGGCCAAGAUUCCAUCCGACUUCUGGACCAUCUCUUUGCAAAUGUCAUUCCAAAGGUGGGGUUUACAAACAUAAGUCACAUGUUGACACCCAAAGGUCGAGUGUAUGCUGAGCUGACUGUUUCGCACCAGUCUCCGGGGGAGUUCCUGUUGAUUACCGGCUCUGGAUCGGAGCUUCACGAUCUUAGAUGGAUUGAAGAAGCAGCUGUCAGAGGAGGGUAUAAUGUUGAAAUUCGAAACAUAACUGAUGAUCUCGGGGUCCUGGGAGUGGCAGGGCCGUAUGCCAGGCGGGUCCUUCAGAAGCUGACCUCAGAAGACCUCAGCGAUGGUGUUUUCAAGUUUCUCCAAACCAAGACUUUAAAGAUGUCUGACAUUCCUGUCACUGCUAUAAGGAUCUCUUAUACUGGUGAGCUGGGGUGGGAGCUGUACCACAGACGAGAAGACUCCGCAGCGCUAUAUGAACUCAUCAUGAACGCAGGCCAGGAGGAGAGGAUCGACAAUUUUGGAACAUAUGCCCUGAAUGCCUUAAGACUGGAGAAAGCUUUCCGAGCCUGGGGAUCAGAGAUGAACUGUGAUACAAACCCCUUGGAAGCUGGACUGGAAUAUUUUGUCAAGCUGAAUAAGGGUGGUCUUAAGACUAGACAACAGAACAGUAGGACUGAGCAGAGCGCCGUGCUGUGGGGCCUGCAGUGUCGGAAGGAAGUUCGCAGGUCUGCGGCCUGUCCUGGUUGCGGCAUGGCACUAAUAUUGUGCCCCACAUCUUCGUUCUUAUACGUGUACAGCAAGCGGCUAUUUUCCCUUGAGAAGCCGGCCAACUUCGUCGGAAAGCAAGCGCUGAGGCGGAUCAAAGCCGAGGGGCUGAAACGGAGACUCGUCUGCCUCACCUUGGCAACGGAGGAUGUGGAUCCGGAGGGAAAUGAAAGCAUUUGGUACAAGGGCAAGGUGGUUGGCAACACAACGUCCGGAAGCUAUAGUUACAGCAUCCAGAAGAGCCUGGCCUUUGCUUAUGUCCCUGUAGAGCUCAGUGACGUGGGGCAGCAGGUGGAGGUUGAACUGCUGGGGAAGAAUUACACAGCAACCAUCAUCCAAGAGCCCCUGGUGCUCACAGAACCUGCCAGAACCAGGCUUCAGAAGGACGGUAGGAAGUGAAAACUUGAGUAGGAGCCGUGCCCGCCAGCUGGGCUGUAGCUGACGGGACUGCUCGAGAGUCCCGCUCCAACCAGAAUAAAGGUUGCCAAGACUUCAUCUCAAAAUCAUCAAAAUCUAGGUCAACAUCUUAGUAAAAGCUUUUUCUUAGUUGUUUUCUAAACGCAGUGGUUUGAUGAAUCAGCAAUUUGUGUUGUCCAUUCAAAUGAGGAAUUUAAGAUGAACAUGUUUUACUACCCCACACUGAUGUGUAUGAAACUAAUCAGAGAAAAAUUAGGUGUUUGCUAAUAUGAAAUCAUGAUUCUAAGGGAGUUAAAGGACUUCAUGAUUUUAGAAACGCAGUAUGUGGCUGAUAGCUGAAAACAAGUGAAUAAAUUAUCUCUUACAUGAAAAGAUGCAUUGACAUGAAUGGAUUUGCUCUAUUGAGACAUUUUUCCUUAGGUGGAUAAGUGCUAGUUUUCAGUUUUCAUAAGAUGUUUUGGUGGAAACAGCUGCACUUCUUACCAGUUGGUCACACACAUUCUUAGGCGGCUCUCUCAAAUAUUUUCCAGUUUCCUAACGGUUCCCGUGGAAAGCGGCUUUGGGGACAUUGUGAUUGCCCUUCCUGAGGCUUGCUUUUCCACAAGGCUUGCAGAGAGAAGAGGCUUCCCAAGGAAGCGUGCUUGUAAACUGUCAGAAACGAAGCUGAAGACUAAAUAGAUUAUGCCAGCACAAACACAGUUUGAAUACUGAGUGCCUCUCCUGGAGAAGGAAUUAAUGCGAGCUGACAUCACACGGCGCCCUUCUGAACAGCUUUUCACAAAGCAUUUGACAACACAGGUCAAACACAAGCUUAAGAGACGACAGGAUUACCCUCGGCACUGUGGAUGGUGAGGGAAAAACCGAGAAAUAAUCCUUUGAUGUACUUCUUCAAAUCAUUAGGGUUUUGAACUUUUCCUAGGUACUAAAGAAAGCUGGAUUUGAAAGUUUUUAAGAAUCUGUAGCCAGAAUAGACUCUAAAAUGAGUUCUUAGCUUGUGAGUUUUGAAAUGACACCAAAUGUACAUUUUUAAAUGUUUUAUCUGCAUAAUCGUAUACUAAAAGUCUCUCCCAUCAUUCCUUUCGGUAUGUCCUCUUACAUAAAGAGGGACCCUUGUUUACAAAUGCUUCCUGACUAUCAGGAAUAUUAUCCAGGCUUGAGCUGGGUUCCCAGGCAAGACUGGUAGAAGCCCCUGGGUGGGAAUGGGAGCCUGGCUUCCUAUCCUCCAGCUCCGGUACCCAGCGGCCUCAGGAGAGUUACUCUCUAUUUAUGCCAAGCGGGCUCACAUCCCUCUUUUUCUGAGGAUACAACAGCAAGAAGCUACGUUGAAAGCACAAUGUCAGUAGCUAGACACACGCAGUGGCUCAUGCCUGUCAUCCUAGCCCUUGGGAAGACUGAAGCAGGAGGAUUACCUCAAGUUCCAGGCCAGCCUGGGAUACAGAGUAAGUCUUUAUUUUUUAGAAAAAUCUCCAAACCAAACAACAACAUCAGAAACCAAAGAAAAACCGAGCACAUCACUGGAAUGCAUGGGACUUCAGCCUCGCAAAGAGGUCCUCUCUUGCAUUAGAAGUCCGCAUCUUGACUCUCCUAGGAAGUUGCCCAGGUUCCCUCUUCUGUUCAUGUUGUGCCGUUAGGAGCUAAGUCAUUCCUGUGCUCUUAUCCCCACCAGCCAACAGCCUAGCCUCGCUCUAGGCAACCCACGGCUAACCAAUGAUAUAUAUACAGCCCAGUUCACCCUUAGAAAGGCGGGUUAGGCAGAUUUCUCCCCGUGGGAAUAGGCUGGGACUCACAGCGAACAAGCUGGUUAGCACACGGAGUUGGAGCUGAAAAGAGACAGAAAAGGAAGCCAUAAAGCCUACAGAGGAUGAGAGCUCCUAAGAAGAGAGCCCCGAGAGAGACAGGGAAGGAAUACCAGGUCCCCAAGCACUCAGCUCUUGAUGGCUAGUCAGCAGCUCAUGGAUGAGUACCAAGUGAAGUCAGGCUUGGUAGAUCAGGUUUAUAAUCCCAAUUACUUGGAAGCCGGAGGCAGGAGAUACCCAAGUUCAAGGCCAGCCUGGGGAAGUGAGUGAGAUCCUGCCUCAAAAUCAAAAGUAAAAUGGGUCAGGGAUAUAGCACAAUGACAGAGUACUUUCCAACCACUAGGAGGCCCCAGGUUUGAUCCUCAGCAUCAGGGGUAGGAGUGAAGAGUGGAAGGAAAGCCCAGGUGGUAACCAGUUCUGGAGUGUGGGCCAUACACUGAGAGAUCUCUGAGAACUGGGCCUAGGUCUGGUGUGAGCUCUGAAGAGCCAACAGCCAGCAUUCUUGAAAAUACCAGAGAGAGGGCUGGCAAGAUGGCUCAGUAGACAGAGAGGCUUGUAGCCAAACCUGACAACCUGAGUUCAAUUAACUAGGACCUGCACAGUGGAAGGAGAGAGCCAACUCCCACGUUGUCCCCUGACCUCUACUCACCAUGGUACACCUGACCCUCCCUCCCAGUAAGUAAGUAAAUAAAUAAAUGUAAUACAACUUUUAAAAGUACUAGAGAGAUGUGUAAGGAGAAUCAUUCUAGAGAAUUGAUGAUGGCCGCACCUAGGGGCAUACACCUGAAAUCCCAGCACUUGGGGCUGAGGCAGGAGGUUGGGAGUUCAAGGUCAUCCUGGGCUCCAAGAGACCCAGGUACGGGAGAGGGACUCUCUUUCAAGAUGUUUAUGGACGUUACUGUGUUGCUGGCACUCACAUCCUAGGGAAUCUCCAUUUUUCUUCUUUUCUACUGAUACGGAAAAAUGACAGGAGAAAAACUAUUUUAGAUGCUUUGAAGUAUGCCGUGGAGGAUAUCAAAUACGUAGACUGGAUUCUGGACUUUCAUGGCCCUCCCUCUGUGAAUAUUUAAACGGAGCCAGAGGAAAGUCGAGGAGGGUUAGGAAAGAGCAGCCAUGAAAGCCAGGAUGUUUCACAACACUAAGUUCUGAGAAAGCAAAUUGAGUUAAUCGUCUCUUUUGAGAGGUCAGAGCACGGAAUGGGCUCCAGCCCCAAACGCCUAUUGUCACCGUGUCUGUUGAGUUGAAUAGACAUUGGGUCUGGUUAAUUUUGGUGUGUGGUGUUUUUAUUUAUUUGCAAGUUAUAUUUUUAAAUAAUAAAGUUUAUAAAAUUUAGAAAAAUAGGGAAGCUAGAGAUCCAGGUUAGUGUUUUAGAGUACAUGUUGCUCUCGCCGAAGACUGGGUUCAAUUUUCAGCACCUACAUGGCAACUCACAACCGUGUGUAACUCUGGUUCCUGGGGAUCUAAUGCCCUCCCUGACACACAUGUGGUACACAUACGUACAUGCAGGCAAACCACUCCUAAGACAUACGAUAAAGUAAAUAAAUCUUUAAGAAAUUUUUAGUGUAUAAAUUACCAUCCCAGUUUUAUCUCUCUGCCAUUAAUGAAUCAUAAAAAUAGUUCGUGGUUUACAGAAAGCUCCAUGAGGAUAAGUGGACUACACACUAACUAGCAUUUUCUAGGAACUGAUUUGAUAGCCACGGAACAGAGGUAGUGGAUAGUGUGGAGGCUUCAGACCUGAAGGACUCCAGACCUGCUUCUCAAAGACCUGUCAUCAAUGAACCAUGGCUCACACUCCAUCUCUGAAGCCACGCAUAUAUUUCAAAUGUGUGAUUUGCAGCUUAGAGAAGGAUUUGUUGAUCUAUACAGACUAGCCCAGGGAAAGCAAUGAUUACUGAACAAACAAGCACCCCCCCCAUUACAGAGAUUGGGGGCCAUUAAGGACGGACCCCUCUCUCCGGGUGGGCUUCGGAUCCCACCUCUUGUUUUCUUGUUAACCCUUGAACAAGAAACUCCCUUCUUCGGAUUUAAGUAGCAGGAUAAAGAGGUGGGGAGGAAUCUGGGCCCUGUUGAGGCCCUUCAAAGCAAAGCUACUUCCUCUGGUCAAAAGAAUAGGAUCUAAGUUGACUACGACCCUGGGUGGAGACUCCACAGUCUAAGAUACCCAAAACGUUAUAUACUAUUCUCUCCUGCUAAGGAUCCGGCUGGGCCUGUCAGUCACUUGAGUAGGGACACUAGUUCACGUGCAGACACGUACAGGCAAGGGGAGGAACUGUCCCCUUCAUGCGACAGUGUGCUUACCUUCCCAGCAGCCCUUUGUCGGGGAUACGCGAGGUACCCCAUGAAGCAGCACGGCAGAGCCUGCCUGCUUUUCUCGGUCCUGCCUUUGCCUUUUCCUCCCGUCAGAUAUUGGCCAAAGCCUACACGUGUGUUCCCUGAAGUCUGGGCUUUCUCCUCUUUCUCUGAAGACCUUACCCUUCCACCACCCAGGUGCUGGCUGACCUCAGUCGCAAACACCAUGGCUCUCUCUCUCUCUCUCUCUCUCUCUCUCUCUCUCUCUCUCUCUCUCUCUCUCUCGGGUCUGUUGAACUUUCUCUCAGACACUAAUAAAACCGUUGCAAAGCUUCCUUCUGAGUCCCGUUCUAAAUUCCUUUCUUAAGAAGAGGUUUCCCUGGCAACACUGCUUUCCAGGGCUGUCCAGACUACAGAAGCUUCAGGUGAGCAUUUAGGAAUAGAACAGAUAACUCUUCAGUUAAAAAUGAUAGUGCCAGGCGGUGGUGGUGCAUGCCUUUAAUCCCAGCACUCGGGAGGCAGAGCCAAGCAGAUCUCCGUGAGUUCGAGGCCAGCCUGGUCUACAAAGUGAGUUCCAGGAAAGGUGCAAAGCUACACAGAGAAACCCUGUCUUGAAAAAACAAAAACAAACAAAAUGAUAGUGUCAUAAAUGUCAAAGGGACCAAACCUUUUGAGAAUGGGGAGAUGGGAAAGAGGGUCCGAGCAUAAGGAACCAUCAAGUAAGAAUAAAAGCUGAAAAGGACCCUUAGGACCAGCGGAUGGUCUUUGGUGCCGCCAGCACCAACAAUUUUAAGGGACCAUUGAGGAGGAAACCCAGACUGCAUUACAAGGUGAACAAGAGACAAGGCAUUGGAGAAUUGGGACACACUUAUUUUUUUAGUUUGGGGUAAGUAAUC